AUGAUAGACAAGAAUAUUCCUUAUGAAGUGAGGUAUCAAAUAUUCAAAUAUGCUUUGGACACAGGCUGCAAAAGAUUGUUUGUAUAUCUCUAUCAAGUUGAUGACUAUCUUGUUUUGAAAAACUUUAUAAAUUCUAUGCAAAAUUGCUAUUUAGCUCACUUGACUCGAGCUAUCAUCCCUGAUGAUGAAGUUCGUCCAAAUGUAGACCGCAUUAAAAGUAGGCUGGCUGGUACCUCUGUAUGGCGUGCUAUUGAAGAAGCUAUAAGAACGAACUGGAGAGGCUUGAAGAAACUUCCCACACCUGAGAAUGAUCAUCCAGAUCAUUCUCAUGGACUUGAUUGCUAUCAGAACUCUCCAUGGCUAGUCGCUCCACACUCACCCGCAUCGAUCUGCCACCAGGGCCUCUUUCUUCUCAAUUCUUGA